AUGGGCUCCGUCGCUCCUCCCAAAAACGAGGAUCUCCCUCCAUCAGACUCGCCUCACCUCGACCUCGUUCCAGCUACUCCAGAGGAACAUCUCGAAACCCUACGACUGAACAGUAAAGCCUGGCGAGGUUCACUAACUCUGGACCAGUACCUCGACCGUGAGAAACGACUUUCCAAGCAAAACCUCACCAAGAACGGAUCUCUGACCUGCUGGGUUCUCGUGGAUCGCAGACAAGAGCCAAACUCGCGAUUGAUUUUGAGUUCGUGCGAGACGUACCGAAAACCCGCAUAUCUUGCAUACCGCGGUAAAGUAGAGGACAUCAUAUGCCAUGGAAUCGGAAGUGUUUUUGCGCGCUCUGAGUUUAGAGGUCGUGGGUACGCCGGACGUAUGAUGGAGGAAUUGGCUAAGAAGCUAGAUAGCUGGCAAUCGGAGAACCAGCCGCGGAGGCAAAAUGUGUUCUCUGUGUUGUUCUCGGACAUUGGCAAGAAUUACUACGCAAAGUAUGGAUGGAAGCCAUUCCCGUCAUCCCACAUCUCCCUGCCGCCGCUGUCAGAGAGCCAGUUCCAGAUGUCUCUUGAAACGGCGAAAUUGCCCAAGGCAAAGACAUUGACUGCUGAAGAUGUCCGCGAGUCCAUGUGUAGCGAGAUAAACGAAAAGAAGAAUAGAAAUUUCCUCCAGGUUGUCUCCGAAAAGUCACGUAACAGUGCCAAAGUGACCAUUGCACCAGAUUAUGACCAUAUGACGUGGCACUGGGCGCGAGAUGAAUUCUAUGAAAAUGUCGGCGUUUUUGAGAAAACAAGUCCAUCUGUGCGUGGCGCUGGCGUCGAUCACCAUCACGUGUACUGCUCAUGGGUCCGAAAUGUGGGCGACMCUCCCGSGAGCCAUACCCUAUACAUCCUUCGAUUAAUAUACGAUGAGACGUCGUCACCGGCUGAAGAGCUGGCUACUAUUGAAGCGAUUGCAGCCGUCUUGCGUCAAGCGCAAUUCGAGGCAUAUAAACUGAAAAUGCACGAUGUCAGUUUUUGGAAUCCGUCGCCUUUGGUUGAGAAAGCGGCCAAGUUGCUCGAUCAAAAUGUCAAGGUGGUGCAUCGUGAGGAGAGCAGUAUCAGUAGCUUGAAAUGGAAUGGCGCUAGCCAGGGACUGGGUGAUGAUGUUGAGUGGUUGUGGAACGAAAAGUACAGCUGGUGCUGA